GGAAGUGUGAGGGGAAUGGGGACUUGUAGCGGUCCAGCAGUCCAAUUUUUGCUCGGUGAACUCAACCUAGUGGUUCUUUGAGCUGGGAUCCGAAACCCCUCAACACCCCUGUAAUAUAAACUGCUCCGUUUCCUGUCUCCCGACCGGUCUUCGAUCGCUUCCGCUGCCGUUGCCGCGACACGGGACGUCAACAGCAAUGGCGGACAAAGAGAAACGCCGGCCCGGAGUUGCUCCUCCCGGGAUGCCCGAAGGCAAAGCCACCAAAUCGGACAGCGACAGGGAGUUUCUGUCGCAGGCGGGCGUGGGAGAGCUGCUCCGCGGGGCCAUCCUGAAGAUGGUCGAGGCCAGAUCGGACGAUCCCAUCGGGUUCCUCGCCGACCACUUCUGCAACCUCGCCUCCGUGAUAGAGACCGGCACAGCUGGAUGCAGCGACGGGGAUCAGUUGAGCAACGGCCCCCUGAACGCAGGCGCCCAGGAGCAGCAGCAUCUCAACCGGGCGCUGUGGCACCUGCGGCUGGCACACCACUCCCAGAGAUCUGCCUUCUGCAACAACGUCCGGGUGGCCUACGACCUCCUGAACCUCACUGGGCCCCAUAGACAUCCAGGUGAGGUUCCUGAAGGCCCUGAUGGCUCCUGCGCUGACAGCCCCACAGGAGGAGGGGGAGGAGGUGGGGUGAGAGGAGGCCUCUACACACAGACUCUGCAGUGUCUAUGCAGCGAAGGCGGAGUCCCUGCUUCCACCUCCGCUCCGCUCCUCCGACGCCUCCAUUGCCAAGACCACGAGGCCGUCCCUUAUGAUGUCUUCCGUCACGGUGUGCUCACAUGUGCCGUUUUCUCGGACUACAUCCGGCAGGCUCAGAGGCUUUAUGCUGAGGUGUGCUGCCCAGACGAAGGGCCUGCCUCGCGUGCGCUGUGCCUGGCCGUGCUCGGGACCCUAAAGGAGGCCCUGGAGACUUCCCAGGGCUGUGAUGCAAACUGCUGUGUUAAUGCUAAUACUAAAGCUAAAGCUAAUUCCUGUGUGGAGGCUAAUGUGAAGGCUAUCCGCUACCUGGAGGCCAGUGCCAAGAUCUCUCCCCACAAGCUAGCUCAGGCUAUGUCUGGAGCACAGACACGGGGUCCAGGUGGAGACAUGGACGCAAAAGAGUUUGAGAAUGCAGCGGCAGAGCUGUUUAUUGCUCGAGUCAAAGUUGUCUCCUAGGUUUCUUCUCGUAAUUUAUGAAUGUGCAGCAAUCUACAGUAUAUCAUAGAGUAAAUACCUACCCUCUGUGUACCUUCUCUAAACCUUAACCCACUGCUGCCUAAAUGGCAAAUGUCUACAUAACACUUAAAUAACAAUUACCUCCUCUCCGGACCGACACUAAACCCAAUAAUUCCACUAUUUGGUGGAUGACGCUCGUGAUAAAACAUAUUGUUUGAUGUCAGUUCUUGAACUUUUUAAUGUCAACGACAUGUGCUGUGACUAAACAAGCAGCUACUGUGCUGUGUAAAGGACAUGGAGUUCCUUGGAUAGACCAAAUAUAUUCCUUGAAAUCAGUACUCAUCCUGACAGUUUCCACUGUUGUUAAGCCUUCGCCAUGAAAUGCUCAGUUUAGAAAGUAGCACUCUGUACUGAGCUACUUCUAAUGCAAUCCAGUAUGACCCUGUAAUAAAUCCUCUUUUUUUUUUUUCGUGUUUUGUUGAGACUGUCAGAGGGAUGUUGAUUAAAGUCUGUGUCAUUUUGGAGGCUGUAGUCUGUGAUUCUGUUGAACUGUAGUCUUGUAUUCUGACACAUUUCAACGUCUUGUUAUCGAAACAGGGGCUAAUCUCUUAUGCUGUCCUGAUGACAUUACUGUAGCAGGAAACAUUUGGGUGAAAUAAACAUGGAACUGCAGGAGAA